AUGUCCACCAAUUGCCAGUGCGACAUACGAAUGAACAUUGCACUCAUCGUCGGCGUCUCCAUUGCAGCAUCCUCAGUCGUGAUCGGCCUCUUUAUUCUACUAACUUAUCUCGUCAUUCAUACACGUCGAGCCCGUCGCCGACGUCGCCUCGGCAAUCCCAUGACCUCGUUCGUCACAGACGAACAACAGCAACAACAACCUCCAACAUCAACCACCCACCUUCCGGUAACCCCCCGAACUGAAAAACCACGCGAAGUUGACAGAGGUCUACCACCACCCGUUCGAAGAGAGAAUAAACUUCGACGACCACCCCGCGCGCGCCGAAAUAAGGGGCCAUUCUACGAGCUAGGGCGAAUGCGUCGGGCAGCGCCUCCACCACCACCACUGUCUUUGCCUCCCCUCGUCGCAACGAAGGAGACUGAAGCCGAAUCGACCACAUCAAGGCCGAGAUCUUCCCGUGGACAAGGUGCCGUGCGAACACCUGGAGGAGACCGGGCAUUCUCCCCCGUUCCUUCCUUCAUUUCACCAGGAGAGGAAGACGAUGGAGUAGGACGCCGCCGUCGUCGCCAGAGUGGUGACAAUGACGCCGCAGGUCAAGAUGCUGGACCACCGAGUCCUCAGCCAUCGUCAGAUCUUGGGCAUGGUCGGUCGCCACGCUCGUUGGAUCUGUUCUCGGUUAAUGCACCCGAGCCCGCGUCGUCGGCUCGUCCACUUGAGACGCUUUAUGUCCCUCCAGUCGUGCCAGAAUCACCGAUGCGUUCGGUCGGAUUCGCACGUCGGGCAUCAAGAGGGAUAAUGGUCGAGCGAGAAGAGGCCAAGUCGACUGAACUCUUUGCGAGCAUCUGCCCGCGGAUACCUGACGAGUUACUUGCUGCACUCGAAUCUACCCAGCCGGUUGUCGUUGUCGGGCUCCCGCGACGACAGACAACUCUCUACGAUUCACAGACGCCUAGCAAACGCAGAAUUUGA